AUAAAAAAAAAAAGGAAGAAAUUUCGAAUAAAAAAUUUAAAAUGAAAUGAAAAGCUGCGUCGGCGAAGAAAGAAAGCCCCUCUCUUACGCAAAUUCUCUCCUCAAAGCAACAACCACUCCCUCGCUCUCUCUCUCUCACUCGCACAAAAACAUCGCCACAAUUGCCAACAAUCAAUUCUCCAUAUACCCAGAGCCCUCACCACCUAUCAAAGCAAACCCAGAGACAUGUCUAGGACAUUAACGAUGGCACCUCUUAUCUCCCUUCUAACAAUCGCACUUCUCACAACCCCAUCAAUUUCCUCCGUAGACACUUUUGUCUACGGUGGCUGUUCACAAGUAAAAUACACACCGGGUUCUCCUUACGAGUCCAACGUCAACUCGCUACUUACCUCCCUUGUUAACUCGGCCACGUUCACCAUCUACAACAACUUCACCAUCAAGUCCCCGACAUCACAGGACACCCUUUACGGUCUCUUCCAGUGCCGGGGAGACCUCUCCAAUGGUGACUGUGCCAGCUGUGUAGCUCGUGCAGUGAGUCAACUCGGCACUCUUUGCCUUGACUCGACCGGUGGCGCCUUGCAGCUUGAUGGGUGUUUCGUAAAAUACGAUAACACGACGUUUCUUGGCGUGGAAGACAAGACGGAGGUGUUGAAGAAAUGUGGGCCGUUGAUUGCGUAUGAUUCUGAUGAGCUGAACAGGCGUGAUGCGGUGAUGGAUUACCUGGGGACUAGUGAUGGGUCCUACAAGCCUUUCAGAAUUGGUGGGUCCGGGGAUAUUUCUGCCGUGGCGCAGUGCGUACAAGAUUUGAGUGCGAGCGAGUGUCAGGAUUGUUUGUCUGAGGUGGUCGGACGGCUGAAAACUUACUGUGGGGCGGCUGCCUCGGGAGACAUGUACUUGGCCAAGUGUUAUGUUCGGUUCUCCAAAGCUGGGGCCCACUCCCACGGCGGAAAUGUAGAUCACGACGAAAAUGAUGAGGUCGAGAAGACACUUGCAAUUUUAGUAGGACUUAUUGCUGGGGUUGCAUUGCUCAUUGUAUUCCUUGCUUUCUUAAGAAAAGCUUGUGGAAAAGAAAAAUGUGGUAAAUAAUUGAAUCCAAGAAAAUAUGAUGAUUCAGGAAAUGGCAUUUCUCCCUUAAUCCGUCUGGUAACUUGCUUUGCAUUAUGUGCGGCCCAAUUGCCUCCCUUUUGUUUUUGUGGUCUUGAUUUCUCUCUCUCCUCUUUUUAAAGUUUCUUUCAAAUUUCUCCUAAAGAAGGCUUGGAAGGGUAGAUAGGAAGAUGUCCAUGGAAACAGGUACCUUGAAACAAGUGAAAAGAAAGAUUGCAAUAAGUUGAAAAAGCCCAAGGAUUCCACACUCUCCUUACACCCACUUUAGUCUUACAACGUUACUUUAAUGUUAGUUCUGUCUCUAAUUGUUUUGUAUAAAUUGAGACACUUUUGUGAAAGUGCUCUUUGAAAUGCUGUAGUCAGUGCCUUUGUUGGGUGAUAUUAGAGCUUUAUAGUUUGUUUUCAUCCAGAUGUUGUAUUCACAAGACUCGUUAAAUUUUGUGUCCAUUCAAUGUUCACUUUCCUUUAUCUGCAACAA